AUGACACCAAACGAUCACCCAGUCAUCAUUGUCGGCGGUGGACUGGCGGGCCUUGUUGCGGCCUUUGAGCUGACCAAACGCGACGUCCGGACGGUUAUCGUGGACCAAGAGAAUGAAGCGAACCUCGGUGGACAAGCAUUUUGGUCCCUCGGAGGCUUGUUCUGUGUAAACUCAGCUGAGCAGCGCCGCCUGGGUGUCAAGGAUAGUCGCGAACUGGCGAUGGAAGACUGGUUAAACACCGCACGUUUUGAUCGUGAUUGCGACUUCUGGCCGAAGAAGUGGGCUGAGGCGUUCGUCGAUUUCGCGACUGAUCACUUGGAACGUUAUGUUAAGUCGUUGGGGCUAGGCUUUGCCAGUGUUGGAUGGGCCGAGCGAGGCGAUGGACGUGCGGGAGGACACGGAAACUCCGUUCCCAGGUUUCAUCUAGCGUGGGGCACGGGUCCAGCCGUCUUGGAGACAUUCGAAAAACCAGUCCGAGCUGCGGUAGAGAGAGGACUGGUUGAGUUCAAGUUCAGACACCAAGUGGACGGGAUCGUUGUCGAUGAGAGCACCGGUGCGGCUAUUGGUGUCCGAGGUCAAGUGUUCGAGCCGUCCGACACUACCCGCGGGGUUGCAAGCAGUCGGAAGAGCAUUGAUACCUUCGAAUUGUACGGUAGCAGCGUUCUAGUCACUAGCGGGGGCAUUGGCGCCAACGUUGAUAUGGUCAAGAAGAACUGGCCUCUGGAUCGACUUGGUCCGCACCCCCCGUCGAGCUUUGUCAUCGGCGUUCCUGCGUACGUGGAUGGCCGCAUGAUUGCAAUUGCCGCAGAAGCAGGGGCCAAUGUGAUCAAUAGCGAUCGUAUGUGGCAUUAUACCGAAGGAUUGCGGAACUGGGAUCCUGUCUGGCCGGAACAUGGAAUCAGAAUUAUCGCUGGACCAUCCUCGUUGUGGCUCGAUGCUACUGGGAGACGCCUGCCACCGAUGCUUUACCCUGGAUGCGACACACUGGCAACUUUAAAGCACAUUUGCAGCACCGGAUAUGAUUAUACCUGGUUUAUACUCAACAAGAGUAUCAUCGGCAAAGAGUUUGCACUUUCUGGUUCGGAACAGAAUCCGGAUCUGACUAACAAGAGUCUCCUCAUGACACUGCGACGCAUCCUCAGCUCAUCACCACCCGGUCCUGUGCAAGCGUUCAUGGACGAAGGAGUAGACUUUGUGAUCGAACCUACUAUCCCCGAACUGGUGGCUGGAAUGAACAGGCUCGGCAGAGAGCAUCGCGGACCUGUCCUCGACGUCGAGCAGGUCAAACGCGAAAUUCAUCUUCGGGAUAUUCAAAUCGACAACAAAUACACCAAAGACGCUCAGUUGAUGCUUAUUCGAAAUGGACGUAAUUACUUGCCGGAUCGACUUGGUCGAGUGAUGAAACCACAUAAACUUGCAGACCCAUAUCACGGUCCCUUCAUCGCCGUACGUCUGCACCUUCUUACACGGAAAACUUUGGGAGGACUCGAGACAGAUCUGCAUGCAAAUGUACUCCGACCAGAUGGAUCGCGUUUCCCGAACUUGUAUGCCGCAGGCGAGGUCACAGGCUUCGGUGGAGGGGGGAUGCAUGGGUAUAGUGCACUCGAAGGGACCUUUCUAGGGGGUUGCAUCUUCUCGGGACGAACAGCGGGUAUAAAUAUAGCUGAGGUUGCCGGAAGACCGCUGCGAUCAUCUUUGUAG